GCACACCCGGCGCCUGCACUGCCUGCUCCUUCUGUCUGUGCCGCGGGGCCAUGGGCUGCGCUCGCCUGCUCCUGCUCCUGCUCCUGCCGCUCGGCUCAGCUGUUGGUGCUCAGCUGGGAGCCGAGAACGGGCCCUCUAGUGCCCCCUUGCCACUGCGCAGGGCCAAGCGCUGCUCCUGCUCCUCUUUGAUGGAUGAGGAGUGCGUCUACUUCUGCCACCUUGACAUCAUCUGGAUCAACACGCCGCAGAAAACUGUGCCAUAUGGACUUGGAGGUCCUUCUCGAGCCCGGCGAUCUCUGAAACACUCAGUCUCCGGAAAGCUUGCAGAAUCAAACAACCGAUGCCGAUGUGCCAACCAAAAAGACAAGAAAUGUCUGAACUUCUGCCAGACAGGAAAAGAACUCUGGGCUCAGUCCACAAUAGAGAAGGGUUGGGAUCAUCUCAACAAAGGUGAAGGUUGUAGAGGACUGAAGUGCCUGCACAGAGAACUACUUAACAGCAGGAAAAUGAGAAGACUAGAGGCCAUUGGUAACAAUAUCAAAACUUCCUUCCGGAUUGCAAAGCUAAAGGCUACACUCCACGAAGUGAAACAGCUGAAGCAUAAUAGAGCACAUGGAAGGCAAAACAGCUGGGAAAGUCAGAAAACAUCCUAGUGGGGAGAUCACCUGCCCUUUUCCUCUAUCACUACAAGUUAUGGACAAAGCAUUGCUGAAACUCUGUUCUGCCUUUUAACAAUCUACUCUGGCAAAGGCCCAGGAUAUGUCACUCCAAAUAUUAAAGCAGCAAAAUUAAAAGCUGGAAGAGAAUCUAAAGAAAUCUUCUAUUUGGAUAAUAAAGAUGUAGCAUCUCAUCUUUCUGGAAUCCAAACUGAUGGGUUACAUGGGAGACGGAGAAGUCCUCAUUAACAAACUUUUUAAUUUGAGGGCUGACUUUCCAAAGGAGGAGUGGAACAUCUGAAUGUUGCUUCUGAAGAGAAGACAUAAAAGGGAUUGUUAUAAAUGAAUGUGGCAGAUUUCAGGGAGGAAAAAAAAAGUAUGCCAAAAGAUGUUGCAAGAAAUACCCAAUACAGAAGAAGAUAAAAAGCACGGAAAUCAAGAUUUGAAAGGAGAGACAUUAAUUUUUUUUUUCUUUUUAAUUAAAAUGCAAAAUGAAAGACACUGUUACUUUAAUCAGGACUUCUUGCAUAUAUACAAGUCUACCUCUCGUACUUUAUGUUGCACUCUGCUAAAAUACUUUUACACCUUAUUAUUGCCUUUGCUUAUCAAAUGCAACCCUUUGCCUUUUUCAGAAUCUUGGUUUGCUAGUAUAAGCACAGCUAUCUAAAUGUCCUAUGUGAGUGAAACACUGUUAUAUGGAUAAUCAGGGUUUUGGAUAGCGAAAGGAAUUUUCAACAUAAAACACAAUGGGAAACACUACUUUUGUUUAACAUAACAGGAUAACGAGGUCUAAUAAUAGAGACUGUACUGUCUUGUAUGCUGUCAGUAAUCUACUGAACCUCCUCUAUAACAGAAACGGUUGCAAGAUGAGGAUUUCUUCAGUGUCUCGCUUGAUAAAGUGCAUAGAGACAAAGGGUUCAUUUAAAAUUGUCAAAAGGCUAAUAUUGGGUGAAUGUUUCUAGCAGCGAAUUUAUUCACAUUGUUGAAUUUGCUAACUGGUGUCUGAUUUGAAUUUUAUUUGCUUAUAUUUAUAUUCAUGCAAAUUAUUCAUUAUAUUUACCAUGUUGAAUAUGCAUUUAAGCAGGCCAUAUUGGUCUAUGCAGGUUUUACAUAUUUCUGUAUGAAAUUGGGAAAUGCUUCCUGCCUGUCAAGGUAAAUAUCUCUUAGAAAUAAAUAUUUUUAACU